AAUCCGUCAUUCCAGUUCGAAGUGCCCGUCAUCGGAAAACCUCAGGCGAGGACAUCGGAUUCUUCAUCCGGCGAUCUCAAUCCUAAAUUCAAUGGCCGGAAAUGCUGCAAAAUCUGCGGUGAAGGCGAUCGGAGAGUACCAGUAUCCGUGGAGAGAGAAACUGGUAAAGUAUAAAGAUGAGUUAUCGAAGGGGGUAUGGGGUUACUGGGAACUUGGGGCAUGGAAGCCUCUAGGCAUCAGCGCUCGCCGUCGGGCCAGGCUGCGCAAGGAAGUCCUUCUUGCUGGGGAGGAUUGGCCGUACGAUCCGGAGAGGAAAGAGAUGAGGACCAAGAUGAAAGGGCACAAAUGCGACAGAAUUGCCGCUGAGAAACGGGCAAACACUGCAAAACUGAUGGAGAAAAUGCCGGAGAUGUUGCUGGCGUACAAGAAGCGCAGGUGGGAGAAGAAGAUGAAAGAAGAGGAGAAAAUGAAAGAAAAGGACUAAAGUAGUAAGCUUUAAGAGUUUGUCUUUGACUCUUGAAUCCUUGGGUUGAUUUGCAUUACUCUGUAACAGAAUUUGGAUGAAAAUCCAUGCUUUAAUUUUGCAAAAUUGGCUGAAUUGUGAAUCUUUAUGAAAAUAAAUCUUUGAGUGGGAGAUGUGAUGGUUCUAGCGAUGAAUGUAUGAUGUUUUAAAGCAAUGAUCUUUCUUUAGU